AUGGCCGAAUUCUCGGUGAAGUCCACCAUUAUUUCUCGCUAUGCCUUCACGACGGUUUCCUGCAGAAUGCUGAACAGAGCUUCUGAGGACCAUGAAAUUGAGUUUCAGAUGCAAAUUCCAGCUGCAGCCUUCAUCACCAACUUUACUAUGAUUAUCGGAGAUAAGGUGUAUCAGGGUGAAAUUAUGGAGAGAGAAAAGAAGCAUGGUGACAGGGUGAAAGAGAAAAGGAACAAAACCACCGAAGAUGAUGGGGAGAAGGGGUCUGAUGUAUUCAGAGCCUCCGUGGUCAUCCCCAGCAAGGACAAGGCCGCCUUCUUCCUGAGUUAUGAGGAGCUGCUGCAGCGGCGCCUGGGCAAAUACGAGCACGUGGUCAGUGUGCGGCCCCAGCAGCUGGCCGGGAAGCUGGUGGUGGAGGCCGACAUUCUGGAGCAGUCGGGCAUCACAGCCUUGGAGGUGCUGCCACUGCAGAACAGUAGGCAGAGGGGCAGAGGGGAUGAUGAUUCUGGACCUCCUCCUUCUACUGUUAUCAACCAAAAUGAGACUUUUGCCAAAAUAGUUUUUAAGCCUAAUGUGGUGCAACAAGCUAAGAUUGCCCAGAAUGGGAUUUUGGGAGACUUCGUCAUUAGAUACGACGUCAACAGGGAACAGAGCGUUGGGGACAUCCAGAUUCUAAAUGGCUAUUUUGUGCACUACUUUGCUCCUAAAGACCUUCCUCCGUUACCCAAGAAUGUGGUCUUUGUGCUCGACAGCAGUGCCUCCAUGGUGGGAACCAAGCUCCGGCAGACCAAGGAUGCCCUCUUCACGAUUCUCCACGACCUCCGGCCCCAGGACCAUUUCAACAUCAUUGGAUUCUCCAGCCGGAUCAGAGUGUGGAAGGACCACGUGAUACCAGUCACCCCGGACCACAUCAGGGACGGCAAAGUCUACAUUCACCACAUGUCCCCCACUGGAGGCACAGACAUCAACGGGGCCCUGCAGCGGGCCAUCGGGCUGCUCAACGAUUACAUGGCCCACGGUGACGUGGACGACCGGAGCGUGUCCCUCAUCAUCUUCCUGACAGAUGGGAAGCCCACCGUCGGGGAGACCCACACCCUCAAGAUUCUCAACAAUACCAGGGAGGCCGCCCGGGGCCGCAUCUGCAUCUUCACCAUCGGCAUCGGGAACGACGUGGACUUCAGGCUGCUGGAGAAGCUGUCGCUGGAGAACUGCGGCCUCACGCGGCGCGUGCUGGAGGAGGAGGACGCCGGCGCACAGCUCAUCGGGUUCUAUGAUGAAAUCCGGACUCCUCUCCUCUCUGACAUCCGUGUCGAUUACCCCCCCAAUGCAGUGGCCCACGCCACCAAGACCCUGUUCCCCAACUAUUUCAAUGGCUCUGAGAUCGUCAUCGCAGGGAAGCUGGUGGACAGGCAGCUGGAUCGGCUGCACGUGGAGGUCACCGCCAGCAACAGCAAGAAAUUUGUUGUGCUGAAAACUGAUGUGCCCGUGGGGCCCCAGAAGGUGGAGGGUGACCUCCCAGGUAGCCCUGCUCCUGGAGGUGGCAGAGAGGAGGACCCCAACCCCCUGGAGCGCCUCUGGAGCUACCUGUCGGUGAAGGACCUGCUACGGUCCUGGCUGCAGAGUAACGAUGGGCCGGAGAAGGAGCGGCUGAGGCAGCGGGCGCAGGCCCUGGCCGUGAGCCGCCGCUUCCUCACCCCCUUCACCUCCCUGAAGCUGAGGAGGCUGGGCCCUCCCUUGGCCAGUCUGGAGGAGGCCCAGGGCGUGUCGGCCGCUGCGGGACCGGAGCCUGUGUUGCAGAGCUUGCGAGGGGCCAGCACGGUGCCAGGAUCAACGCUCGAGAAGCCAUAUGAGCCAAGAAUUAGAAUCUCUAAGACAUCAGUGGAUGGAGACCCCCAUUUCGUGGUGGAUUUCCCCUCGAGCAAACUCACCGUCUGCUUUAACAUCGACGGGCAGCCGGGGGACAUCCUCAGGCUGGUCUCGGAUCACAGGGACUCCGGUGUGACAGUGAAUGGAGAGUUAAUUGGGGCCCCCGCUCCCCCAAACGGUCACAAGAAGCAGCGCACAUACUUCCGCACCAUCACCAUCCUCGUCAACAAGCCCGAGCGGUCCUACCUUGAGGUCACACCGAGCAGAGUCAUCUUGGACGGCGGGGACAGGCUGGUCCUCCCCUGCAACCAGAGUGUAGUGGUGGGGAGCCGGGGGCUGGAGGUGUCCGUGUCCGCCAAUGCCAAUGUCACCAUCACCAUCCAGGGCUCCAUUGCCUUCGUCAUCCUCAUCCACCUCUACAAAAGGCCGGCGCCAUUCCAGCGGGACCACCUGGGCUUCUACAUUUCCAGCGGCGAAGGCCUGUCUGGCAACUGCCACGGGCUGUUAGGUCAGUUCCUGAACCAGGAUGCCAACCUCACAGAGGAGCCAAGGGGGCUUGGCAGGAAUCUUACUCACCCUCCGUUCCCCCAGCCGGAAGGGAGGUCUGAAGCCAUCCUGCAGGUGAAAGGCCACCACGUCCCCGUGAUCUGGAAACAAAGAAAGAUCUACAACGGGGAAGAGCAGGUGGACUGCUGGUUUGCCAGGAACAACGCCGCCCAGCUGAUCGACGGGGAGUAUAAGGAUUACCUGGCAUCCCACCCGUUUGACACAGAGAUGACACUUGGCCUGGGUCGCUCCAGGGGACUCUGAGACUGGUGGCCUUAGUGAUGAGAGUGUGUGGCAGAAGAGUGGUCUGAGAGAUGUGGCAGUACGUGUGUGUGCCACCUGUAUUCUGGACAGUUAGCUGCCCUGGUGACCUUGCCCUGAGGAACGCAGGUGCCUCUGCUUGAGCAAAGGGUAGGGGCAGAGAGCUUGAGUGCCAACGUCCUGUCCUUCUCCCCCCUCUUCCUGCCUCCUCUACCCUCCCCUCCGCAGCAGAGACAUGGUAGCAUCAAGAGGAGAAAGGUCAUGGUUAAAAGCAGGGAAGCCUGUUUCUUGUGCCACCCAGCUUGUCUGUCCACAGCUCACCAGAAGGUAACACACCGUGUUUCUCCGUGGACAUGGCCACCUUUGGCACCGUGUUUUUGCCUCCUGCUGAUGCUUUGGAAUCUCUCCUUUUAGCACGACGGUGCUUCCCAGAUGUGCAGCCAACCUCUGCCUCAAAGGAACCUGCCGUGGAAGCCAGGCUACCGGUUAUAAAUUUGAUCACUAUAAAUGAUUGAUUCUUUUCUUAAAGGAGAGUUUCCUUCUGCUCUGGUAUCAGGCCCUUAAAAAUUAGUUUUCAUUUAAAAACCAAUUGAUUGGACGUAGAAAAAUCAACAUUCUGGAUAUUGAUCUCUUUCUAAUGGGCUUUGUAAACCACUCAACUUUGCUAAUAGAUAUUCUC